AUGAAGGACAGUUUUGACCUCUUUAGCAGCUUAUUCGUCUAUAAUAGAUUCGCCAAACGAGAGCUAAAGAACCUAGAACUUUCCUUGGAAAAGGUUAAGCAAAUGCUACAGGACAAGAUGAACGAAGAGCAAAAUCUGAAUGAGUCCAACCUCUGA